AUGACCAUCAAGAACCCCUUUAGGUUCGGCCUCGAUCUCUGGGAUCCUUCCAAUCGCUUCGAAACAUCUUGGCUCUUGAGCCCGUGGCUUCUCUUCGCUUUCCGUGCUGUCAUCAGCAUAUACGCUUUCGUUACGCGAUUCUUCAUCAUCGGAUGGGAAUGCACGCACGACGACCUCGGCGGCUGUAGGGAGGUCGGCAGGUCCUUCAGCUACUUCACCAUCUUGACAUACUGGGGCAUCGCUUUCUACUUUGCUGUGGCGGCGGUUCAUACCGCCACGUACGCUCUUCGUGGCCGAUCAUUGCUCGAUGGUCUCCCGCGACCGCUGCAGGCGCUUCAUGCGCUGUUUUACUCGACCAUCGUCACGUACCCGUUCCUCGUGACGAUCGUAUAUUGGGUCGUUCUGUAUAAAGGGCCUUGGUUUCCAAAGGAGUUCAACGCCUGGAGCAACAUCAGCCAGCAUGGCCUGAACAGCCUGUUUGCGCUUUUCGAAAUCAUCAUUCCUCGAACGAACCCACCUCAAUGGGUACACAUCGCGUGGCUGAUCUUCAUUCUUGCGCUGUACCUUGCUCUUGCGUACCUCACCCACGCGACGCAGGGGUUCUACGUAUACAACUUUCUGGAUUAUCAAGAUGUGGGCGGACGAGGCAUUGUUGCAGGAUACAUUCUCGGUAUAGCGGUCGGAAUUGUCAUCAUCUUUUGCAUUGUCUGGGGCGUCAUCUGGGUUCGACGAUGGUUGACGGAGACGAAGCUUGGUAUGGAUGGUAAGUUCGCACAGCAGCCUGCCGACACCAACGACAUUGAGCUGGCUUCUUCUGGUAACAAGUACGCUAUUGGAAACCACCCCGAAGCACAGGACAGGGUAUAUUGA